AACCCAGGAAAAGGGUUGCGGCCCAUGGGGUGAGAUGCUUUUCCAAGAUCAAGGAAACCUUGUGUUGAUUAUAUUCGUGAGUUAUUUUGGAACGAAACUGCACAGGCCUAUCAUGAUUGGCAUAGGAUGUGUGGUUAUGGGCCUAGGAUGCUUCUUAAUGUCACUACCUCAUUUCCUGAUGGGCCGAUACGAGUAUGAAAAAACAAUCUCACCUGCAAGCAACUUGUCCUCAAACAGCUUCUUGUGUUCGGGAAACAGAACCUCAGUGCCAACGCCAGACCCAGCAGAUUGUGCAAAAGAAAUUAAAUCCUUAAUGUGGGUAUAUGUAAUGGUAGGAAAUCUUAUCCGUGGAAUUGGCGAAACUCCCAUCAUGCCCCUGGGUAUUUCCUACAUAGAAGAUUUUGCCAAAUCUGAAAACUCCCCUUUGUACAUUGGGAUUUUAGAAACAGGAAAGAUUCUUGGCCCUUUGCUUGGACUUUUUUUGGCAUCCUUCUGUGCAACCAUUUAUGUAGACACUGGAUCUGUGAAAACAGAUGACCUGACCAUUACUCCCACGGAUACGCGCUGGGUCGGUGCUUGGUGGGUCGGCUUUUUGAUCUGCGCAGGAGUGAAUAUCCUCACCAGCACCCCCUUUUUCUUUAUCCCCAAAACACUGCCAAGGGAAGGACUGGAGGGUAACGUGGAUGUGACUAAACGUGACAAAGAAGAGAAACACCAAGGAAGAGCCACGGAGGAGAAGCGUGGACUCACUAAAGAUUUCUUGCCGUACAUGAAGAGCCUCUCCCGCAACCCAAUUUACAUGCUUUUCAUCCUUGUAAGUGUGCUCCAGAUCAAUGCAUUUAUCAUUUUAUUUACCUUCAUGCCUAAAUACCUGGAACAGCAAUAUGGAAAAUCAACCGCAGAGAUAAUCUUUCUCACAGGUCUUUAUUCCUUACCUCCUAUAUGCAUGGGAUAUUUGCUUGGUGGCUUCAUUAUGAAGAAGUUCACGAUUACUGUCAAGAAAGCUGCAUACAUAGCAUUCUGCCUAUGCCUGAUUGAGUAUCUUCUAUCUUUCUUCAACUACAUGUGGACCUGUGACAAUUUCCCAGUUGCUGGCCUAACUACAUCUUAUGAAGGAAUUCAGCAGUCAUUAUAUGUGGAGAAUAAGGUCCUUGAUGACUGCAACACAAAGUGUGACUGCUUAACCAAAACAUGGGACCCAGUGUGUGGAGACAAUGGCCUAGCAUACAUGUCAGCCUGCCUUGCCGGCUGUGAGAAGUCUGUCGGAACAGGAAUCAACAUGGUGUUUCAAAAUUGCAGUUGCAUUCGGUCUUCAGGGAACUCGUCUGCAGUCCUUGGGCUGUGUAAGAAAGGCCCCGACUGUACUGUCAAUCUGCAGUACUAUUUAAUCAUGUCAAUAUUUGGCUGUUUCAUCUACUCUUUAUCAGCCAUACCUGGGUAUAUGGUUCUUCUGAGGUGUACCAAGUCUGAAGAGAAGUCACUUGGAGUUGGAUUACAAGCAUUCUGCAUAAGAGUAUUUGGUAUCAACAAUUUUCCUAACUUAUCAGAUCAAUAUUAA